GCUGGGGACAGGUUUGUGAUCGGACCGGAUGUCAAUGUGCAAGCAGGAUCUGAACACAAAAUUGAAGGAACGGAUGUUUUUUGAGGUCAGACCCGAGUUUGCUAGCUCUCUAUCUUGCUAUGUCUGUUUAUAUAUAGAGAUAGAGAAUGCCUUGUGUCUCAUUCAAUAGAGUGGGGUUUGGCUGUUACUGUGAGUGUCAGUCCUCCUGAUGCUGUGAGUGUCAGUGCUGCUGAUGCUGUGAGUGUCAGUCCUGCUGCUGCUGUGAGUGUCAGUCCUCCUGCUGCUGUGUCAGUCCUGCUGCUGUGUCAGUCCUGCUGCUGCUGUGAGUGUCAUUCCUGCUGCCUUGAGUGUCAGUCCUGCUUCUGUGAGUGUCAGUGCUGCUGCUGCUGAGAGUGUCAGUACUGCUGCUGCAGUGAGUGUCAGUCCUGCUGCUGCUGCUGUGUCAGUCCUCCUGAUGCUGUGAGUGUCAGUGCUGCUGUGAGUGUCAGUCCUGCUGCUGCAGUGAGUGUCAGUCCUGCUGCUGCAGUGAGUGUCAGUCUGCUGCUGCAGUGAGUGUCAGUCCUGCUGCUGCUGAGAGUGUCAGUCCUGCUGCUGCUGAGAGUGUCAGUCCUGCUGCUGCUGAGAGUGUCAGUCCUGCUGCUGCAGUGAGUGUCAAUCCUCCUGCUGCUGUGUCAGUCCUGCUGCUGCUGUGAGUGUCAGUGCUGCUGAUGCUGUGAGUGUCAGUGCUGCUGAUGCUGUGAGUGUCAGUGCUGCUGAUGCUGUGAGUGUCAGUGCUGCUGCUGCAGUGAGUGUCAGUCCUGCUGCUGUGAGUGUCAGUCCUGCUGCUGCUGUGAGUGUCAGUCCUGCUGCUGCUGUGAGUGUCAGUCCUGCUGCUGCUGUGAGUGUCAGUCCUGCUGCUGUGAGUGUCAGCAUUGCUUCUGAGAGUGUCAGUCCUGCUGCUGCUGUGAGUGUCAGUCCUGCUGCUGCUGUGGACCAUGUCCCCCAUGACAGCUAUUUGGGCGGAUUGAACAUAAUGUAAAUGUAAUUCAGAAAAGCUGAUAAUAUGGCAGUGUUUAACCAGCAUUGAGCUUUAUGUGUACCAGAAUAAGGUUAAUGUAACUGCCCACACCUGUUCUAGGACUGAAACACCCAUCAUCCUCAGAGGAAAUCUGAAUUAGGUUGAUGGGAGCUGGAGGGCAGAUUUUGCCCUGCUUGCUUUGAAUUGCAAUGAUCGCAUGUAGGGGAUUUUGUAUCUGAAAGGUUGUAACUCGUAUGCGUUUGUUUUUCCACAUAGGGUGUUUUUGUGGACUCUGCAGCAUCUAAUUCAUUUCUUAAGACAUGUGGCUCUCAAGGCUAACCUCGCAGAUGGUUAGAGCUACACAACGUACAGGUAAGGCCAGAUGUUUCAAUAUUAUAACAAUAUGGUUAGUCACUGGCUUAUCAGGAAAUAGUGCAGUUUGCUCUGAAUCUGAAAUUAAUGUUGAAAGCGGUUGGAGGUUUGUAGUGCUGUCAUUGACCUGAGCAUUUCAUGUAUACAGGGUUUAUUUCUGGGUAAUGGUACCAUAUCUGCUGCAGUGCUUCUUAACGAAAACUGACUCUAGUUUCUGAACUGAACUUGAAAUGGUCAGUUUUAUUGUACAAGAAGUUCUUCCAUAGAGAUGGCUAUGAGUAUUUUCAGUGCAAGAAAUUAUGUGUAACAUGUGGCAGCAUGAAACAAGGAUUGACUUAUGGUCUAGCAGCCUCCUCUCCCCAUUUAAGCAGAGCUUUAAAGGACCCACCAAGUAACUCCAGGUGCUCUAGUAAACGGUAGCCAACUCUUAUGCAGCAUUAGCAUGGGAAUCCAAAGAAAAAUGGGUACAAACUUGGAUUAAUGGUUGAAAAUGGAAGCUUCCCCAAGCCAUUAUUAUUAAAACUUAAUCCAUGUGAAAAGCAAUAACAUCUGGCGUGUUUCGGCUACAAAAAAAUAAUACUUAUUCACAGAUGCCCAUACAAUGCACCCCCACCCUUAUAAAGGAAACUUAGGUGAUCGCCCAUACCAAUGAACCACCCAUUACAAAAAUGAACUACUUUCCAAACUAGGUAAAUAGCUACACAUAAAAACAAUAUAAAAACAUGAAAUAUAUGAAUAAGUAAAUUUUUCGAUAUUAUUUCUCAAAAUAAAUGGAUGAUAUUAAGACAUGAUAUUUUCCAAAAAAAAACUGCCAAAUCUACAUAAAGGCAAUUCAUAUAAUAUAGUAAAAAGUGUUCUGUAAAAAGGGUGCUUAAAAAAUAUUUAUUUAUCCCUACAACCCUUCACCACACUGCUCCAAGACAAGCAGCUUAAUAUCGCUGGUGCACACUACAAAUACAGCACGACAACAAGACCUACUUCAUUUCGAACAUCCAAGAAGCAAGCCUUGUUACCCCUGCUGGGCCUGCCCCUGGAAGGGCUGCCACCCAUAGCUGGGCCUGAAAAAAACAGCGGCGGAACCAAGAUGGGACCCAGUGAGGACAGUCCCCUUUAUCCCGCGGGGAACGGGGAAAACCGCAUACGCGGCUGCUACCACCCGAGGGCCGAGCACCCAAAAUCUGCCCCAUUGCAGGACAAUGCACUACAGGCAGGACAACCUGGUUACUUAUUGUUAUUUUCCCCACCUAACUGAGAAGCGCCAAGGACUAGUCCCAAGGGCUCCUGUAAGGGAACGUUAAGAGCAUAACAGUAGAAGAUGCCCCAGUUACCUGUUUCCUUAACUUUUGGUUCUAAGUUUUUAUUAUUGCUUUAGACACACAAUGUUGGGUUUCAAGGUGACCAAGUUCUGGGCAAAUCUAGUAUCACAGGCCCGAAAACAAUGUACACCACACAGCCCAGCUACAUCAGUUACAUCCGCAUUUUUUACCAGGAUGGAUACAUUGAGAUUUCUCUUGUUUUCAAGUAUGUCCUGGGUCCUCAAAACAUUGCAACAAUAGGGUACAAUAUUACAAAAAUACAAUAUACAAACUAUAAAUAUAUAUACACACACAUAUAUAAAUUUAAUACAUGACAGGUGCAUUCUGCGCUGAGUAUAUUUUAGCUGCUACCACACCCUUGUGGGAAUCUCUUAGCCCACCAAAAAAUGGAAUGGAAGACAAGGAACAGGUGCUAGAAGGUAAAAGCCCUGUACCUAACCCUUAUGGUGGAGCGCUAAGGUAUAAAAAGGAGUACACUUACCCCUAUAUAAACAUUAGAAUGGAAUCCUAUGGCUGGGCUAUAAAUUGAGAGAAAGAUAUAUAGUGUAGACUGUAUAAAAAGAGGGGAGUUAUAAAACAUAUAACGGUUAAACUCAGUGGCUCUAAAGCAGGUGAGCAGUAUAUAUUUAUACCUUUUAUUCACCGGAUUGCACUUUAGACUACACCAAGAAUUUCCCUUUCUCUCUGUGUUUUCUCCUGAGUGUAUUUAUAAAGAAGAGAAGAGAGAGGGUGUCACCUGAAUACACCAAGGCAUUUGUGAUCUGAGCCAGUCCACUUUUUGGCUCUCUACUUGGGAGUUUAACCAUUACAUGUUUUAUAACUCCCCUCUUUUUUCAAUUUAUAGCCCAGCCAUAGGAUUCCAUUCUAAUGUUUAUAUAGGGGUAAGUGUUCUCCUUUUUAUACCUUAGCGCUCCACCAUAAGUUUUAGGUACAGAGCUUUUACCUUCUAGCACCUGUUCCUUGUCUUCCAUUCAAUUCAUAUAUAAUAGGUUAGUUAUUCACUAAAUGCUCACAUAUGAAGGGUGUCAAAAAGACAUAAGCAAUAUAUCAAUCACUAUUUACAUAGACAAAACAUCAAUCAAAAGUAACUAUAUUGCACCUAUUCCCAUACUGUGUAAAAAAUAAUUAUCCUACAAAGGUGUCUGCCACUAAAAGACUUAACAAAAAGGUAUACUAGGCAGAAUGCCACAAUGUAAAUUUAAAAAAAAAAAAGCCCAUAGAAACACACGCUGAGUUCCUGGGGCAAUUGAUUAAAGGUCUGCUGAAGUGCUUUACAGGCAAGGUGUAUCCCAUAAUAAUGACCGUUUACGUAAGUGCCAAUUUCUAUGCAAAAUCACCUCCAUGGAUGUCAACUACUGUGUUAAUGAGGGAGGUUGUGGAUUACACCAGUGUAAUCUUAUAUAUUGAGUAGGUGUUGAGCUAUGUGACUUUGUGUAAGAUGGUAUUUGUGCUGGUGUAUGAUGUAGGAGAAGGGAUUCUUUGGUCUAUAAUUUUUGAAAAAAAAAUAUUUAACUGUGUUAUUAACUUCUUUAUUUCAUUUUGUUUUAGGGUGUCUUUUGCCACGCUGUUUAAGUCCAAAUUACAAGACCAUAUCUGCAUUUUAUAGCACACGGCAACAACAGAGACCGCAAGUACCUCCCCAAGUAUGGUACAACUUUCAGCCUGAACUAGAUGAAUUUCUGGUGCCCCGCAUGAUGUCAAUCAGCCCUUUAGAGAGCAUGAUUACUUCCCGUUAUUUCCUGCCAAAACCAGAGUCCUCUAAACCACUUGAAGAACCUCUAGAAAACAUAGUAUAUUAUGAAUGCCCUACCCAUCAGGACACUGAGGACAUGGGUGAAGAUAGGGAAGAUAGGGGUGCAGUGCAUUGCAAAAACGUUUUGAAGAUUCGACGGAGGAAAAUGAACAAACACAAGUAUAAAAAGCUUAUGAAACGCACAAAAUUCCUCCGCCGAAAGAUUAGAGAUGGACGCAGACUUAGGAAGCAGGUGAGAUGCUCGGAGAUUGCUGUAUUGAUACAAUACAAUAUAAAAUAACUAAUUUAUAAAAGUUGUAUGUUAUUGUUUUUUGGUUUUUAAAUGACAUUGCCACAGAGGCCUAUUGAGGUAGUAAACGCUCAUUGUGAUGUCGUUAUGUCUUUUGUGUUUUUUUUGUAUGUGCUUUAUUGGAAACCAGUGAACCUUUUAAAAAUGUAAAUAUAACUUAGUGGUUUUUAGGUCUAGUUGACAUAAAAAUUAAAACAAAGAUGGUAAAUAUUUGAUUGUCUUUUGAGGAUAAAAUGUAGCUCUCUCUUAAAGUAUACAUUCCUUGGAUACACUUGCGUAAGCUCCAAUGAAAGAAUAAAAAUAAAUUAUCUGUACAUUGUGCUAGCAAAUAUAUAGAUUACAAAAUAAAUAAAUGUUCCCUUCCCCAACUGUCUUUUUGCAUGAGGUCUGUGCCAUCAAUUUAGUGACAGGAAAAAAAAACUAAAACCCUCCUACUUGAGAUUGUUUUCUCUCCAGCUCAGCAAUUACAGAGAAUGCAGGUAGGUGAGCCCAGCUUGGGGAAUGUUUCACAAACAGGACUAAUCAUAUGGAAAAGUGAUGGGAGGUAAACAGCCAAGCGCUAGGGUAAGAUAUUAAAUGACUGUAUGUCCACACAUCUCCGAUCAUGGGAACAGUGGGUAGAAGGUUUGUAGAUACUUUAUAGUGCUUAAAGGGACACUGCAAACACCUAAAGCAAUGUAAGUUGGUAAAGUGCUUUGUGUGGAGAGUGUCUUUUUGUAAAAAAAAACAAAAACAAACAAACUGAUUUUUAGUAGAAAUUGGAACUUUAUUAAAUUAACAUUGAUUGAUUGAUUGUUACACCCCUUAUGCCCCUUCCACCUUCCUAUGAGACAUUCAGUCCUGUUCCUGGUUUAGUUAGCUCAGUGGAGCUUAAUUCAAGAGGCAGAAAAUUGCCCAGAGACCUGCCUUGAAAAGACUUCUCAUUGUGCUGCAGUCUGUGAUUGGACAGCCACAGAAAGUCUGAGGUGGGGUAGAAGUGGAGGGUUUGCAAAGGCUUCAGACAAGAGAUCUGCAGCUUCUGCAAUGUCUUUUUAGAUAUACCCCCAAUGAAACAAAAUGCAUAAUUCAUUAGCCUUUAUCUAUCAAAUAGGUUUAUCUUUUUAUUUAGACAGUGGAGUGCCCCUUUAAAUAUAUGAGUUACGUUUUAUGUAUGAUAUAGAUGUAAAAAUAGAUAAAAUUCGUAUCUUCGUAACUUGAGAAAGGGAGGUUCUCCUGAAAGCUUAUCAUUAAAAAGUUCUGCUAGUCCAAUAAAAUAGGUAUUACAAGAUCCGAUUUUUAUCAGUUUUUUUUUUUUUACAUCUACAUCACUGGACUAAUACAGCUACCAUCUCUACUAUAUAUAUUGUCCCUAGAGAUCCUUGCACACAGGAUUAAAUACUUAAAAAGUUGCCGGGAACAAUGCCUUUGGAUAUCCAGAAUAGUAGAACGGGAGCUGCACUCACGUCAUAUAAAGACUCACGUUUUUAUUGAAGUUAAAGUUUAAAAAUAGGAUCAACGUUUCAGGACUUUCAUCAAGAUCAAUACAAUAUUUAUUUUAUGGAAGACAGCGAGCUACUACUUUAUAUAUUAUAAAAAAAAAAAAAAUUAUAUAUAUAUAUAUACAUCUAUAUCUCCCAGGUCCCAGCACUCGACGCUCCCGGUUUUUCAAUUACUCCGGUGCAAUCUCCGGCCCACUAUAUCUUCCAAAUAGAGAGCACUCUGGGGUCUUUUAAGGUAAAUUUACUGUUGCUUUUAUUCAACAAUCAAAAACAAUGUCGACAUUUCAGUCAAUACAGACUUUUAUGGUCUUGAAACGUAGACAUUGUUUUUGAUCACUGAAUAAAACUAACAGUAAAUUUACCUUAAAAGACCCCAGAGUGCUCUCUAUUUGAAAGAGAUAGAUAUAGAUAUAUAUAUUGUGGCAGUGUGCGGUAACACUGCUAUUAGCAUCAGAAUGGCACUUUCAAUGUUCCCUGACUAGAGGGGGUUAAAAAUCAGGUUGUUUUAGUACAUCAAUUAGGGAGCUACAUAAACCCCAUGCAGAAGGAAAUCAGUCUCUCCUGUGAAGAGCUGGGGUGGAGACAAAGAGACUGCGAGUCAUAGAGACUGCUGAAACUUUGUGGAAAGCCUUUAUUUGUAUUUGUUAAACUACUGGAAGUCAGGUUAGCUGCCCAGUUGCAUAGAAAUGGGAGUCUGUUAGUUAGUCUCCAGUGUGGAGUAGGAGUUUAUUUUGGUUUAAUGUUUUGCUGUGGCUAAAUUGGGUCUGGCUUGCUAAAUAAAGCUUUUCUCCUAUUAGAAGGAAGAACUGUUUCUGUUGUUUAUGACCUAUACCCGGCCAGCCUGCUACAAUAUAUUAUUAUUUUUAGAGGACCUGCCAUGACAGGUCCAUAUUAAAGCAAAAUAGUUAUUUUUACUUUCUUUUGUAAUGUAAACAAGUGCUUAUUUUAAACUCUUUUUUGCAGGCCAAAUUUGAAAAAGAUUUGAAAAGAAUCUGGAGGAGAGCAGGACUCAAAAAAGCACCUGAUGGUUGGCAAACACCAAAGAUCUACGUGAAGCACUGAGACCUGGAUAAUAUAAAUUAUACUUUUUCAGAAUUUAUUGUACAAUAAACAAAAUGUUUACACACACAUCUUUGAAAAUUCUAUUCAACUUUGAUGAAAUGAGGAUUUUUUUUCCUGCCAAUUAAGGUUUUAAUUAAAUGGUCCACAUGGUCAUAGGCAAAAGUUGUACCUGCAAAUUCUUUCAGCAUUGGUGGCUAUAUAUCAUCCAAGUAAUCCUGCAAAUUGUGGAGUAGAACCUUACAAUAUUCUGCCGAAUUUGCAAAAGCCCCCUAAGGGUCGGUAAAUGUGAGGCGGUAAAGGUUAGAUUUACUUGCCUGAACCUGUCCCUCUUAGGUGCGACCAUCUUUAUUCGGAUGUUCCUCUUUAGGAAUGCGCCGGAGGCCUUACAUCACUGUUGUACUAGCGUGCAUGCACGAGAGUAAGGCAUUGAGGUAUAUAGAAGAUCCCGCAAUAUCCUCCAUAGACAGAGCCAAUUCUCUGCAUCCAUCACUGGUGACAGCUGUAGGGAUUGACACUAGCUCUGUCCAGAGUCUAAGCAAGUCAGCAGAAAAAAUAUACAGAGAUAAUGUAGUCCCUACUUUUUCUCUGUAUAACUCUUGACUUGGUUGGAAUUUCAGUGAAAUUCCAACACAGUCAAAAUUAGUAUUUCAUGAAGCUUCUAUCUUUAUGAAAUAUACAUUUUUCUGGGGUGGUGUUUAUAUCAGAUGGGUAGUAAAACCACCUGUAAGUGGUACUCUUUUUCCAGAAUUUAACUAUGGUCAUUCUGUGAAUAUUUAACUUGCUUAGAAGGAUGCAUAUAAGGGGGGUAUUUUUGACAAAAGAAUAGAAUUGAAAAUUGGCCAAACUGGAAAAAAAUCCAACUCAACUAUAUUACAACUUGAGAAACAAGUCUGUAGCAUCUUCACCAUUAUUUUUUUUAUUCUUUAUUUUUCGUUGUGCAUGAAGUAACAGUGUACCUGCUCUGCCCCAUCAGUAUUUGCAAGUGUUGUGGUAACAAGCAAAACAGGCAUAACAGUAAAAAUAAACAGCACUUUUUUUUUUUUAUGUCAGUUAAGCAACAAGCAUAAUCAGGUUAUAUCAGAGAUGGUGCUACAUUGUGCUACAUUGUUAUUAAAUACUUCACUAUGUAUGUUUUUUAUUCUUUUCUUUACAUGAUCACCAUUGAUUGUGGCGCCCCCACUGGUAUAUGUUUUUUAAACUAUACUGUUUUUAUAUUUGUUUAAUUUUUGGGAACUGGAAGUGAUCCCUUAUUUGGAGUGGCUGACCUGCACUGUUUAUGCACUUUAUCCCACACACCGUUCUUUUACAUAUCAGAGAUGGAGAUGGCAGUUAGCACCUUUUAUGCAUAUUGAGUAAGUUGACAAUAACGUCCUUGAAGAAGAAACUUGAACAUGCUGAACUGGGAUUAUUUCUGCAGCUUGGUAGUUGUUGGUUGUUAUUCAUAUUAAUCUGGUUUACAGUGCUAAUACGGCUUGGGUGGGCAUUCAUUCCUAUAUAGUGUCUAUAACUUUUCAAGACUAAAAAGCAUAGGAUCUGCACUAGGGCGUAAUGUCUUUUAGUGUUGGUUAUACGGGUUAGGUUGGUACACAGGUAGAGUGCCAUUGGCUAUUAGGCUAGAAACGAAUGGGGACGUAUUAACAUGACUAAUUUUUACAGGUGAUACUCCUGUGGGGACCUUAAUAAAAGUAGACUCACUAUGUAUUGGACACCGGGUGGUAGUUGUUGGAGUUAGA